UCUAGUCUUUCUUCUGUUUCGUCUUCCUUCUCCAAAUCUCCCUCCGUCUCGCUCUCUAAUGGACUCUCUGCUAGCAAACUACGCCUCCUCCGACGAAGAAGACGACCAAAAACCCCACCACCUUCCUCCCCCUCCCUUUUCUUCUUCUCUCCCCAAACCCAAGCCUUCACCUUUCUUCAACUCCCUCCCUCCUCCAAAACACGAACCUCAAGACAAACUAGACUCCAAACCCACCUCAAGAUCUCUCCUUUUCUCUUCUCUCCCCAAACCCAAACUCGAAGACAUCAAACCCCCAAAAUCCCAAAUCCCUAACAAACCCAUCUCCACUUCCAAAAGGGUCGUCCAAUUCAAGCCACCCAUCUUCGCCAAUCCGACCCAUCUCGACGACGACGAUGACGAGAAAGAAGAAGAACAGAGGCGGCGCCGGAAAGCUUCCGAGGCGUCGUCGGCGCAGCCUCUGUCGGUGACGUCGUUCUUGUCGGCCAUUCCGGCGCCGAGGAACUCAGCAUCGCUGGGUGUGGGGAGUUCGGGUUUGGGCUCCGGGAGGAGAGCCAUUGUCGAAACCGAGUCGGUUAAGGCCGAGAGCGACGCGGGUUUGGAUCGGAGUGAGAAUGUAGGUGUUUAUGAUGGUUCAGAAUCGAGUUUUGAUCCGAAUGCGGCGAGCUAUGAAGGUGGUUAUGGAGGUGGUGGUGGGUAUGCGAGUUAUGAAGGUCGUUAUGGUGGUGUUGAGCACAAUGUGGAUAGUGGGGUUCAGUUACAAGCUGGUGUUAGUGGCAGUGAUGCUUUGGGUUACGGUGGGUAUGGUGGGAAUCAUGGGAAUGAAUGGGCUGAUGUGUCGCGAGCUGCCGUGAUGGGUGUUUCAGGUGGGAAGAGAAGGAGGAAUGAUAUUCCGAUUGAAAUACUUGAGGUGAAGCAGGAUGAGUUGAUGAAGAAUCGGCCGAGGGAGGACCAAGCUAAGGCCACUGGAAUUGCUUUUGGGCCUUCUUACCAGCCUGUUUCGGCGAAGGGGAAGCCAACAAAGCUGCAUAAGAGGAAGCAUCAGAUUGGUUCUCUGUACUUUGAUAUGAAGCAGAAAGAGAUGGAACUUCAAGAGCGGCGUUCAAAAGGCUUUCUUACAAAAGCAGAAACACAAGCCAAGUAUGGAUGGUGAUACUGGGAUAUAUCUUAAUCUCAAAAGAUACUCUGGGACCAAUUUGUUUUAUAGAUUAUGUAUUCUGACCUGUAUUUUGAAGAAGUGAGAUAGAAGGUAGGAACAUUUCUCUUCAUUUCUGUUUCAUUAAAUAACUAGCGUUGUAUCAUUGUUUUUUAAUCAAA